CACACCCCGUCUUCACUAGUGGUCCAGAGGAACACAGCACAGUGAGACAGAGAGAGAGGGUGGAUGAGAGGGGAAGAAUAAGAAAAGAGGAAGGAAAAGAAAGAAAGCGUGUCAGACUCUGAGAGUUACAUCGAUUUUUAUAAAACCUACUAGACAUUUUAACCAUUUUUUUUCUUUUUGUCGAGUAGCUUAAACCGGAUAAAAACAAAGAUGCCUAACUUUGCAGGGACCUGGAAGAUGAAAAGCAGUGAAAAUUUCGAAGAGCUGCUCAAAGCCCUCGGGGUGAAUGCCAUGCUAAGGAAAGUGGCCUGUGCUGCGGCGUCUAAGCCCUCAGUGGAAAUCCGUCAGAACGGAGAGCAGUUCUACAUCAAGACCUCGACCACCGUCAGGACCACGGAAAUCAACUUUCAGAUAGGACAGGAGUUCAAUGAGGAAACAGUGGAUGGACGAAAAUGCAAGAGCCUGGCCACAUGGGAGACGGAAAAUAAGAUCGCCUGUAAGCAGACGCUGUUGGACGGAAAUGGCCCGAAGACAUACUGGACCCGAGAGCUGAGAGGGGAUGAGUUGAUCCUGACGUUCGGAGCUGAUGACGUGGUAUGCACAAGGAUUUAUGUGCGGGAAUGAGCCCCACGAGAAGCAGAUGAGGAAAUCAGUCAGCGCUCACAGAAGUGACACUUCAUUUCCACUUUACAUUACAGGGCUUUUUGUACCAAUUUUUAGGAACCUGUGGAAUAGCUUUCUUACACAUACUGGACCAUGAAACGUAAUAGCAGUGACUCUUUAUAUACGUUGAUAGUAUUUGAUAUAGGGCGUGUAGACAAGUGUAAUACAAUGUAAGUGCUAUUCAUACUAUAACUUCCCAUAUAUUUUUAUGUUUUUAUGUUUAAUUGCUUUGUAGUAGUUUCAUUAAAAUUACUAUAAAUAAUAGUGGUCGUUAUAGUCAUAGUUACAUUGUGGGAGUCCUUUCAUUUCACAGCAGCAAUAAGAACAUGGGUAAUAAUAAUAAUAAAAAAUCCUGGCAGACAUUUUACCACAAAAAUCAGUGUAUAUCAGUGGAUGGAACAUCUCGUUGCCAAUAGCAUGAAUGACUAAAAAAAAAAAUAAAAACAUAUUGGCUUGACUGAUGUUUAACUGCAGAAAUGUUUGGAUUUAUAAGCAGCCAUCUGAGAGUGUAAGCUUACUCACAUAUGUGCAUAAGAGGUCUCCAUGUCAAUAUUUUGUUCCGCAUAACAAAAAACUGUCUACAACUGCAGUCAAAGAUAUUUGCUGUUGACCAAUUGACGUUCUGUAGAUCUGAGCAUCAGUAUCAGGGUUUUUAAAAAAAAUUACAUUUUCAUUAAUCACAGGAAGACAACAAAACAAAUGAAACAACUUGUCUGCAUAAAUAGAAACACAAAUGGAUUAAAAAUAAUAAUAAUUAAAUAAAUAAAAAAUAAAACAACUUGUCUGCCCAAUUAGGAGCACAUAAUAAUAAUAAUAAUAAUAAUAAU